AUGGCGGGUGCAGGGCCUGGAGUGACGCUGGGACUGCCGGGCCUCUGGACCCCGCAUGAGGGGGUGGCCGCCCCGGGAAGUCCCCCACACACUUUGGGAGGCGCAGUGGGGACCGACCUCCAGGCUGGGGGCGCAGCCGGCGCGCUGUUCAACCCUGCAGCAGGCGCGUACAUGACCAUGGAAGCUUACCUCGCGUAUGCCUACCAGCAGUACACAAAUCACUACUACGGGAUCGCGAGGCAGACAGCUCCUCAUGAAGUCGCCAUGCAGCAGGCGCGAGAGUGCGUGGAGAAGUUGAAGGCGAGUGGCUUCUUCGAAAUGGUCAAAACGCGGUACCAAGCGACUCUCGCGGCCGCUGGGUCCAGUGUAAGUACACCCGAGGUCCAGGCGCCGACGCCCGGCUCGACGGCCGCGCCCAACACGCCCGUGCCUCUUCAGGCCGUGAGUCCGUCCACGCAGGAGGCGCAGCGGGCUUCGCAGCAGGGGCGCGUCUCUUUUUCCUUCAAGUUGAAGGCGCCUCGAAGUGGCCAGCAGGAAGCGUCUUCCGCGUCUCAGCCGGCCGCGGCCCCCGCGACUUCGAGUGUCUCUGCAGCUCCAAGUUUCCCCGCUGGGCCUCCUGGUCCCGCCAGCCCCGCUACCCCUGCUCCUCCAGGCCCGCCGGGACUCGCAGCCCCCACGGACGCCUCCGCUGGUGCGACAGCAGCCACUGUUUGUGGGGCGCCAAGUUGGGGAGGUGGAUCCGGAGCGAUUCCGAGUUCUUCGCUGCCGAGUUAUGCGGCGUAUUACCAGCAGAUGAUGCAGACGCAGCAGCAGGUGUAUGCCCAGCAGAUGCUGUAUCAGCAAGCCCAGCCCCAGCCGAUGGUCUCAGCGCCGGCGGGUCCCCAGUUUUCCAACUCCUCGCCGUACCCUGCGACUCCGAAUGUGUACGCGCCGCCGAUGUUUUCGGGGUCCGCGGCCGGGACCCCGCCGCCCCCGCCCCCGCCGUUGCCGGGGAGCUCUGGCCCCGCGAUGUCUGCGAAGGGAACCGGUCCGAGCCCCGGGGGAGCGCAUGCAGCGAGGAUCGAAAGCGCAGUCGAAGCUGCUGCGAAGGCGGCAGCGGCUGCGGUUGAGGCGAAACACCGCAGUGGCCAGAUGACUCAGGGAAGCGGCGCAGGGACAGGCUUCGACAUCGCGAGCGCGCGAGACCAGGCCCUGAAACGCGCUGCGGAAGUCACGAAAGACAUCGAGCAACGACGGAAACAGCAACUCGCUUCCACCCAAGCUUUCGCCCUCUGGCUGCAAAAAGUCCACUCCACGCAUUUGACGGGAGACAAGGCGCUCCAGUGGCGACGAACAGUCAAUCUCUUCAGCCAAAAAGUGACAAACGAAUACAGACUCGGGUUUCAUGGAGAUCGAGACUGGGCGACUUACCCGGUUCCGUCGGAGGAGCAAAUUCAGAGCGAAGUGACGAAAAUGAGUUUCCAGGUGGACAACAUGGCGACCUCCGGAAAGGCCACCAACCGAAACACGGCGAGUGCUGAUCCGUAUGCCUCUCUUCGCGGCCCUAGUUCAGGGAGGCAGAACAGACGAGAUUCGGAGCGAAGCCGUGAGAGCCGAAGUCGCAGCCGAAGCCCGGUGUACGGACACUCCGGUUUUCGACGCGGAAGAAACGAGCGAAGUGCCUCGUAUCGCAGCCGACGCCACUGCCAGCAAAGUCCUGCAGACAGCUGGAGAGAUCGAGAAGACACGCCAGACGACGCACGCAGUGUCUCAGCAGACAGCCGAGGGAGAACAGGCGAGGACGACUUCAUUUCUCUCACAGACAAGAGGGAGAGAGGAUUAGCGAGGUCCAAAUCGAGGGCGCGACAAGUGCAUCUGCGGCGCGAAGGAAAGGGAGAGAGAUUGGGAGGUGCCGAAGCAGUCCGAAAAGAUGUCCCCAUGAUGCUGAUUAAAUGCACCCCUCAAGAGGAACAGAAGCGUCUUCAGCGAAUGAACAGAUUCGGUGCAGGUUCAUCGUCGGGCUCCACUGCCCCGUCGGCGAAGGAGAACCCUCUCUGGAAAGUCUCGUGGACUCCCGAGGGCGGGGCCUCGCCCUCUGCGUCCGCCGGCGGCUUGUCGUGGCAAGAAAAACUCGCAAUCGCCAAGAGCACAGAAAAGAUCGUUGGAACCAGCACGGCUCUCGAAAAGAAUUACCUGCGCCUCACCAACGCCCCGGAUCCUGCCACGGUUCGGCCUCCGGAGGUUCUUCGGCGAUCCUUCGAGUUGAUUUUGCGGAAGCACCGCGAAGGCGCGUCGUGGCGAUAUGUGGAGGAGCAGUUUCGCAGCAUGCGACAAGACCUGACAGUGCAGGGAGUGAAGGACGAGUUCUCGAGAAAAGUGUACGAGACUAACGGGAGACUUGCGCUCAGCUACCACGACUUAGGCCAGUUCAACCAGUGCCAGACGCAACUUCGGGACCUGUACAAGCGCCUCCAAGUUCCAGAGGACGACCCAGAGCGACUCGAAUACCUCUGCUACCGCUUGGUCUACAUGGCGCUCCAGGGAAUGCGUCUGGACGUUUUGCGCGUGAUGUCGGAAAUGACAGCUGCGGAACGAGGAAACUCGAGCGUGGUGUAUGCGAUGAAAGUUCGUCGAGCACUUGCAGACGGGAAUUUCCGUCGGUAUUUUUACCUCGCUUCAAUCGGCCCUCACCAGACCAAGCAUCUCUGUGAAAUCUUUGAGCCUCGCGUGCGCAUGCUUGCCCUCGUUACGCUAGCCAAAGCGUCUCUCGUGCUGCAGCCGAAGCAGCUGCAAGCGGAACUGAACUUCUGCGAUCUGCAGGAAACGAUGGAUUUCCUCACUCGCGAGGGGGCAGUCUUCAACCCAGACGGGAAGGUCGACAGCAAACGGAGUCUGCUGAAUUUCGAGAAAUCCUCUCUUUUGUCGAAGAAAGUCAAGGCGAUGGGAUGA